CAAGGAUCCUGCACAACAACAGCACCUGAUCUAAUCUUUCUUUUGCCUCUGUGCUGAGGGAAAAUCAAGGAAAGCGUGGUGAAUGGAGUGCCCUGGUUCUGGGGGAUCCUGAUGAUCUGCUUGAGCCCCAAGGGGAGAAAAUGAGGUAAAUGCAGGAGCUGAAAAAUAACCUGUGGUAAAAUUAGUAAUGCCCUUGUUGGACAGAGAAGAAAUCAGCAGGUUUCACAUGUGCAGGAGGGUGUUCCUCCUGGCUUUUGUACUUGCAAAUGCUUGCUGAACCUGAUGUGCCCUAAUGGUUGUACAUAAAUUAUUUUCUCAGUGACUGCAGGAGAGAAGCCAGUCCAGGAACCUGUAGUGCACAUCAGCAUCGUUUCAUGUUUUGCUGCAUCACAGCACAACUGCAGAUUUCCUCAACAGCCUUUGAUUUUAAAUGUCAGCGACUUCGGCCAUUGGGUUUCUUAGUUGCUCCUCGUUCCCCUCGGGAGAGCUGCCAGGACACGCACAGAGGGCAUUUCAGUGUGCCCAGUCCUCAGCUCCUUGCCCGGAUUUCCGACUAGAGAGAUUCCGGCCACGCUUCUGCCUCGGGCGAGGGCUCCUCUGGGUGGCACCAAGCACAGGGCACCAAGCACUGGCUGGCUUCUCCCCGUUCCCUCAAGAGUUCCACUCACCUCCCCUAAGGGAGGGGCCGUUUCUUGAAGCGCGGCCAGGCUCCGGCUACUUGUCCUCGCUCGUCACCGUGUACAGGCACAUCCCCGGAGCAAGCACAGAAACAUCUCCUCGAUCCCUGGAGGGUUUCCACCUCCCUGCUGGCUCGGGUGCCGCAGCCACAGCAGCCAAGCCCAGCUCUGAUGAGCAGUUGUGGCUGCUCAUCAGCCAUAACUUCCUGGCCCCCUUUUCCCCGUUGCCCCAGCCUCGGUGCACCGCCCGCCCCCUUAUCUCCCACAGGGGAAGGGGAAGCAUCCCUCCGGGACAGCCCGAUCCCAGUGGGCCAUUUACCCGAUCCGCGCGGGAGAUUUACCCGAUCCGCUGGGCAGCCCUGCACGGCCGCUCCCGCCUCCCUCCCUCCCGCAGCUCCGCUCCCGCCAGGAUCCUGCUCUCGGCGUGUGGCUCACUUCUCUUCCGCGAAUUUCUCUCCUCCCUCUCGGGCGCUGAGGGUGGGAUUAAAGGCAUCAAAGACCAAACAUGUGACUCCGCCAGCACAGGGAUGCUCAAGGAAGGAGGGGAAGGGGAGAUGGCCGGAGGGGGUCACCGCACACCGGGGAGGGGACCGGUCCCUGGAACCAGGUUCAGGAGUAAAUCCCGAGCCCCAGGGGGACGCCCGGGGCGAGGCGGCUGCGCAGCCAGAGCUCCUCAUUCCUGCUUUGCGGUCCCCGAACGCUCCUUCAGGAGCGGCGGGACAACCGCAGGGACAACGCGGCUCCCCCAGUCCUCCCCAGUCAGGGUGUCACAUCUGCCCGGUGUCACCUCGGCCGCGUGUCACCUUUCGUGGGUGUCACUUCUGGCGGGUGUCACUUUUGCCGGGUGUCCCCUCUGCCCGAUGUCACUUCAGCCGGGUGUCCCCGCCAGCUCCCGCGCCUCUGGGGCACUGCCCUCCCCCAGUGGGACCUGUUGGACCCUCCGGACCCCUUGCCUCACUUCCAGGAGGGGAGAGGAUCACCGGGGCCCUGCAAAUUCGAGCAGAAAGUGCCAAGAGUCACCAGCAGGUUCUUUAUAUGCAUGUUACCCCUGA